ACACUCACUGAACAUAGUUCGCAAAUGAAACCGACUGACUGAAAAAGAAUUCAGCCAUGGCGACAUAUGCAAAGAUUUUAGUGCUAUUAAUAGCUACGCUGAUAUUUGUAGGAGAGAUACAGUUUAGCUCCUCACAAAACUGUGGGUGUGCCCAAGGACUGUGCUGCAGCAAGUGGGGAUACUGUGGAACCACUCAAGCUUAUUGUGGAUCCGGUUGUCAGCAGGGCCCAUGUACUUCUAAUCCUACGCCAUCGCCUUCUGUCCCUGCUGCAUCCGGAUCCAUUGAAUCCAUUAUCACCCGGGAUUUCUUUAACCGGAUUAAAUCUGGAAUUUCUGCUUCUUGCAAGGGAACUAACUUCUACACUUACGAUGGCUUUAUCAGCGCAGCUAAAGCUGGCAGUUUUGCUGGUUUUGGCACCUCUGGAAGUCUUGAUGUUCGCAAGAGAGAGCUCGCUGCUUUCUUCGCUAACGUGGCCCAUGAGACUGGAAAUCUGUGCUAUGUGGAAGAGAUUGCAAAAGCUACGUAUUGCCAGUCUUCCACAGAAUAUCCUUGUGCGAGUGGAAAGCAAUACUACGGACGGGGGCCUCUUCAGUUAACCUGGAACUACAACUAUGGAGCUGCUGGAAAAUAUGUGGGACUUCCUCUGCUGAAUAACCCAGAUUUGGUUGCCCAACAGCCAGACGUUGCGUUCAAGACAUCACUCUGGUUUUGGAUGGUGAAUAGCAACUGUCACACCGCUAUGACUUCCACCGGCGGGAAAGGGUUUGCCGGCACCAUCAGAGCCAUUAAUGGCGGAGAAUGUGAUGGAGGACGACCAUCGGCAGUACAGAGUCGAGUGAGUUCGUAUCAGAAAUUCUGUGGAUGGUUGGGUGUUUCCACCGGUCCCAACCUUUCUUGUUAGUACUCAUUACGUUUUGCAUAUAUAAAUAAAUAUACAAAUAAAGGGUGUCACAUGUAGCUACACCUGCAACCCUCUGUAACCCACUAAGGUUUCUUCACGUUAUCAAGAUAAUAUAGCCCACGAGGCAUCUUGAGAAUGGAAA